UUCUUCCCCUCUUCCAUUACAUUAUCGUCUCCUCGGUUUUGCCCUACACUAUCCCUUCCCCUCUCUGUUAACGUAUAAUCCACCGAUUUUUCUUCCAUUUUUAUCACAGAACUGAGCGAAAUCCUCAAUUUUCAUCCAUCUAGUAGUUUUAUUUGUUACCCUCCACCUUCUUUUGUGCAGAGCCCGAAACCCUAAUUUUCUGUUCGCUCCCCCUCGAAUCUGUCGCAAAUCUUUGAUCCGUCAAUCGAGAAAAUUUUGCAUCGGUUUUGUUUUCGUUGUUGUCGAGAAUUCGUUGGCGAUUUAUUGUUUUAUACUUUUCUAUAAAUCCUCGUCGGACCUAAUUGGGCGUUGUCUGAUUUAAUUUCGCUGCCCGGAGAUUCGGUGUUCGCCAAUAAAAUUCUAGGUUGAAUUCCUGAAGCGCGAGGAAUUUUAGAAAUCCGACCUCUGUUCUUACGAUUUCUUUGUUUUUGCGUCGCCUUUGGUUGAUCUGUUUUUUUUUUUUUGAAAAUGGUCGGCGGUGGAAGCAGGAGGGACGAGGGUUCUUUGGUUAUCAAUAACACCAAUGUUUUUGCAGCCCUCGAGACUCUGAGGAAGAAGAAGAAGUCCGACAAGGAACGCAAGAAUAAAGGGUCCUCCAAGUCCCAGUCCGCCCAGCCUAAGGAACCUGAACCUCAGGUUUUUUGGGCACCAGCUCCAUUGACUUCGAAAUCAUGGGCUGAUGUUGAUGAUGAAGAUGAUGACGAUUACUACGCCACCACCACCCCGCCCCAGGCUGUGUGGGGCUCCUCCGAGGCUCAGGAGAGCAAGGAGAAGCCGGGCAAUGUAGAGGAGAGUGAGAGUGACGAUGACAUCCUUGAUGAAGUUGAUUAUGAUCUCGAGGAUGAGCAUGAUCAUGAUCAUGAGCAUGAGCAUGAACCAGAGGUUCCGGUGCAUCCCGAGCCAGCUGGGAAGAAGGCUCCUGAAGCCUCUGUGGUACCAAAGGAGGCUGAGAGGCAACUUUCGAAAAAGGAAAGGAAGAAGAAGGAACUUGCUGAACUUGAUGCCCUUCUGGCUGAUUUUGGAGUAAGCCAGAAAGACAGCAACAGUCAAGAUGAGUCUCGUG